AGGAUGUUGUGCACAUGCGCGGUGUGCAAUCUACCGGAGCACGAGAGGUAGGGAAGGCAGUCCUAAUGGCGGAGAACGUACGGUCGCCUUUUGACUACCGGGAACCACCGACCCUCGACAGCGACGGGGAUGGGAGCAAGCCGCCGCCGACAAGGGGGCGUGUGUGUGGGAGAAAGAGGAAGGGGACACCUGUAAAGGUGUGUGGUCGAGCAUAUGUAACAGAAGAUGAAGAGGAAGAGAGCAUGUCAGAACACAGCUACAGCCCUGGUGAUGGCCAAUAUCCAGAAGGUACAGAGGACCGCCUCCCUCCACCUGGCAGCCCCUACUACCUCCCUGAUCCUACUCAGCUCUGUGUGCCAGAGUUAGGGGAGGAGGGGGCAAGUGGUGUUCGAGGACCCGUGCUUUUCCACCCGCCUCCCAAUUGCCGGAUUCGAGAAGUUCACUGCGGGACCCAGGUGCGGCUGGUUGUCAUAGCAAUUCGAGACAUCGCAAAGGGGGAGGAGAUCACAGUGGACUACAGCCUGACGGACUGGGGUGAAAAUGCAAUGGAGGAAGAGGCUGGCCCUCACCCGCUGUCCCUCUCUGUUUCUGAUUACCUGACCCCCUCCUGGUCAUUGUCACCCUCAUCCUCCCCACUCACCCACUCUGAGCCUAGUGACUCAGACCGAGAGGAAGAUGAGGAAGAGGAAGAUGAUGAUGAUGACGAUGAUGAUGAAGAAGAAGAAAUUGAGGAGAUAAGGGGCCGAAUGCUUCGCCGACGUAAGAAGCGCAAGAUGCCUACAGCGGUUAAUUCCAAGAAGAAGAGUGCGCCCACCUCCUCCAGGGGACCUGGGCGCCCCUGCUCCUCCUUUUCUCGCCCAUCACCCGUUACACCCCCAGCUAGAUCGCAGCCCCCAGUCAACACCUUGGCACCACCGACCACCAACAUCAACAAUAACAUCAACAUAAACAUCGGCAACUCUGGCAGUCCCCCAGUGAGCCGACGUCAGCACUGUCCCUACUGUGGCCGCCACUUUCGCUCGCUGGCACGCCACCUAGAGAAAUACCACGCCAAUCAGCCAGAGGUCAGAACAGCCAUGGAGCUGGCACACCUCCACACGCACAACUCCUCAAAUGGCAGUGCUUCACAACCCCAUCCCUCGUCAUCCUCCACCUCAGCUACUCACGGCCAUUCCUUCGCUCUCCCUCAGCCCUCUGUUUCUAACUCCACUCCACCCUCCCUCUUCUCCAGAGAGAGAGAAUCACCAGCUUCUCGUCUGAGCACAGGCAGCGUCUCGUUCUCCCUCUCACUUUCACCACCUUCUUCAGCUCAGGCUGCAGCCACUAAGAAGGGACCCAGCUUACCACUGCCUACUGCAAAACUCCCCACACCCCCGAUGGUGUCCAGAGUCAAGAGUCCAUCACCACCUCCCCCAUCUACCCCUAGAAGGGGUCGGAGGAUGAAGAGAGAGAAGCACGAGGAACAGCAGAAGGUGGAGGUGGAGAGCUCAAGAAAUCAAGAAGAACUGUUGCCACCUCCUACACCAGAGCCAGAUGUUGAUCCAGAUGAAGAUCUGGAGCUGAGUGGAGAAGGGGAGGAUGAUGCACCGGAGGAGAAAAAUGGAGAAGUUGUAAGCACACACAGGCAACAUAUGUCUCCACUACUGUCAUCCCUGUCCUGUUUGGUCCUCUAUCUCCGUCGCCAGCAGCACUCUUCUUUCCUCUCUUUAACCCGCUCUCCUCACUCUGCCGAGGCCUGGCGCCUGCUCUGCCACUCCAGUCUUUCCCUGCUCAUCCUCUACAAUCGACACCGGGAAUGUGAAGUGGCUAAGCUCACUAUCCAGGACUACCGCAACCGACUCACUCCUCAGCCCAGCUCCAGUCCCCCCUCUGGAAUGGAAGCUCUUCUGUCCCCUUUUGAGCGUCAGGUGCUCUGUCAUCUCCCACGGGCGGGUGUCCUUGGCAAACGUGGUCGAAUCCAGCCGCUUAUUCUCCCACCUCACUGUGAGUCUUGCCUGGAUCUGCUUCUUCGAACCAGCCCCAAUGUGGGUGUGGAUCCUGAGAGCCCCUAUGUCUUCUCCCGGCCUUACCAUUCUCCUGCUACACCUCUCCGUGGUACAGACCUGCUGAGAAACCUGGCCCGAGCCAGCGGGGCCAAGAAUCCCGGACCACUGACAGCAACACGAGUGCGGCGGCAGGUAACCAUCCUUACCCAGCUACUGCUGCUGGAGGAGGGUGAGGGUGGAGCUAUCAAACGACUGGAAGACUUCCUGGAGCGCGAAUACCACGUGACCCAGAACUGCUCCUCUAUCGUACGGGAUCCAGCACUGAUGGGUCGCGUGGGUCGUGUUGUUCUUUAUGGAGAGAGGGAAGGCGUGCUGUUCAGGGGGUUGAGCCUGCAGGACAUCUGCCUUGAGUUAGAUGUGAUGUCGGGCAACUCAGCAGAUUCAUUUUCAGAAGAUUCUGAGGGAGAGGAAGAUAAAGAUGAUGUUAAGGAGAAGACAGAGGUGAUGGUGAAAAAGAAAGGACCGGGUCGACCCCCAAGAAAGAGGAGAGCGCCCAUUCCUUCACCUCCUGUCAGCCCUCCAAUAGCCAACGCCCAUAAGAGGAGAUGCGUUCCACCCAAAUCAGGAAAGCGUGGUGUGUUGAAGCGUCCCUGGUCAGAGGCGGAGCGUGUAGCAGUGGAGACUCACCUGAAGAGAAACCUCAUGGAGCUGCGUGUCCCUGCUAAGGCAGAUUGUGAACGCUGCUUGGAACUCUGCCCUCUGCUGGUGAGCAACCAGCGUGACUGGAGAGCGAUCAAGUUUUAUGUCCACAAUCGCAUCCAGCUGUUGAAGAAGCAGGGGAGGAGGGAGAGUGCUGCUGCUGUCAGCUAGAACGUAACAUGGGCUGUGAAAGAGGACAGAUACCAUCAUGUAAAAUCUACCAGCAGUCAUUAAUGAGAGGAUAAAACUCUGGGUCAUGGUGGGGUGUCUGUUUCUCUUUUUUUUUUCCUCAUGGAUGCAGCACCUGAUCUUUAGGUGCAUUCCAGGUCUCAUCCCUCUGGUCGUAAGGGAGUAGUGUAAUAAGUCACAAAGCUGUGAGGUCAUGGGUUUAGGAUAUUGUGUCCCUAGUGGUGCAGUUAUCCAUCAUUUGUUUUUGAGAUGCAUUUUCAGACAUAGUUGGAAAAAAGUAAUUUUAUGUUUGAAAUCAGAGAUGAAUGCUUUUUUUUUUUUGUGCACGUGUGUGUACUUUAACUGAAAGAAAUGAGACAAGAGUGGGUAACAAGCAACAAAAGAUUGGAGUGAUGUGUGUUUUAAACUUAGACAAAUUAAAAAGUCCUUGAUUGAGCAUUUUAGUUUUCACUGAAGGCUGUUGACCAAACAUGAAUGUGUAAAGCUUUGAGAGAAGAAACCUAAUGUUUCUGAUCAUUUAAAAAUGAAAAAUAAAAAAAAAGAAAGUCACCACAGGAAGGGAACAUGUUUUUGUGGACUCAUAUGAACCUGUAAAGUUUGUGUUUGAUACUGACAUUGUGCUCCCAACUGAUGAGUGUAUUAUAAAAGUAUUCUUCAGUGUCUCAGACCAUGAUGCACCAGUUAAGUGUUUCUUGCAUACCUCUGUACCAUGAUCAUAGACUAGUAUGUGUCAAGGCACGCCUACUUGAAUUUACUGAAUAUCAUUUUUAAUGUAUUUCAAAAUCAUAUGGACUUAUUCCCGAUGUAAAUACUUCCUAAUCUAUGAAAGUAUGCAGUAGUAAUGAGAAAAAGUUGGUCAUGUGUUUUGGUGUACAUACUGUAAAUACUACCUGUACUUAUUAAAGUGUAUGACAUUUUGCUGUGUUUUAUUAAGCUGAAUUGUAAAAUAAAUUUUACAUUGUGAAAACA